AUGAAGUGUUUGGGAGAAUUAAUCAAUGAAGACAUCCAGGCCUGGAACUCUCCAUGUCGACAAGAAGUAAACAUCAGAUCAUAUGAUAAUUCCAUACCACUCAAUGAAUCAAGCAAAAAAUUAUGGAAUCAAGAAUACUUCACUUUGACAUUUCCCAAACAACCCCAGCCAGAUAGAAAAAAAACAUCAAGACCUUCAGAAUUACAAAUCACAGUUCCUAGAUGUGACAAAAGAAAAUUAGAGGUUCAGAAGACAGCUAAUAAAUGGACAAGGCAUUCUUUAAGGAAAAUUUACCAAAGACCAUCUAUUUACUUAACUGUCAGGAGACAGGCUCCAUUUAGACAUCUUUAUACUCCUAAAACCCAUCCUCAAAAUGCAGAAUCUAAAAAGUCCAAAAAUGAUAAAAAAGAAACAACUUUUAAGAAAGAGUCUAAGAAAAAUACAGGCCCACAUAAAACAACUCCAGAAUCCAAGAAAAUAGUAAAUGACCAAAAAUCUAAAAGAGGAAAUAAAGCAGAUAAAACUCCAUCAAAAUCAUCACAUGAAAGUGAACUAUCUAAGAAGUCAAAGUACAAAUCAGAAGCAAACCCAGAAUCCAAACAUUCUAAGGCAGUCUUGAUGAAGGAUCUAAAAAAAAAUAAGAGAGAUUCAAAAAAUUCCAAGGAGAAAGAUAUUGAAUCCAUAUGUACAAAGAAGGAUUCUAAGAACUCAAAUAACAAUUCUGAUGCCAAAUCAGAGGCUUGCUCAAAAAACAGUUCAUAUAUGGAUUUAAUGAUGUAUUUAGAGGAGUCUGUUGCUGAAUCCAUGGAAUAUGAUCGGUGGUUAAAGAAUUACUCACAGAAUAAUUCAAAGAAGUCUUCAAAGAAGGAAGCAAAGAGCUCUGAUGCUGAAUCUGUAGAUUCAAAGGAUGCAAAGAAAGAUAAGAAAGGUACAAAGAAAGACAGCAAGAAGGAUGCAAAAAAGGAUGUAGAGUCUACUGAUACAGGAUCUGUAGACUCAAAGAAUGCAAAGAAAGAUCCAAAGAAGUCUAAGAAAGAUUCAAAGAAAAAGGAUGCGAAAAAGGACACAGAGUCUACUGAUGCAGAAUCUGUAGACUCAAAGGAUGCAAAAAAAGAUUCAAAGAAGGCUAAGAAAGAUUCAAAGAAAAGGGGUGCAAAGAAGGACAUAGAGUCUACUGAUGCUGAAUCUGAGUCUGAAUUGGAGUCACAAAAAGGUAAGAAAGAUUCAAAGAAGGAUAAGAAAGGGUCACAGAAAGAUGACAAGAAAAAAGAUGUCAAGAAGGACACAUCGUCAACUGAUGCUGAUUCUGAACCUGAAUGGAAUUCAAAAAAGAGUGAAAAAAUUGAAAAGAAAGGUAAGAGAGAUUCAAAGAAAGAUGACAAAAAGAAGUCUGCAAUGAAGUAUGAAGAAUCUAGUGAAACUGAAUCUGAUUGGGAGUCAAAGAAGAAAAAGAAAAAUUUAAAGAAGGCUAAGAGACAUUUAAAGAAACAUGCCAAGGAGCAGGACGCAAAGAAGGGCAUAGAGUCUACUACUAGUGCUGAAUCUGAUGAGUCUUCCAGGAAAGACCCAAAGAAGACCGGAAUGUUGAAAAGUUCAGAUGCUGAAUCUGAAGAGUCAAUAUAUAAAUCUGGGGCUAAAAAGAAAGGAGUUGAUGAAUCAGAUGCCACAUCUACAGAUUCACAGAAAGAAGCACAAAAGGGAGAAUACAAAAUGCCAUUCAAAAAGAUCACAUUCAAAGGAAAAGGGACAAAAACACCUCCAGGUAGAGUUCCUCCAUCAAGAGAAAGACCACCGCUUCCUCCUUGUAAGCCUUUAUUACUGUCACCUAAGGUAAAACGUCUCUGUCGGUGCAAGAUGCCUCCUCCACCUCCAAAACCAAGAUAUGCUCCUUUGAGGAAGUGCUCGCUGAAGUGGACUGAGUGCGGGACCUGCAGUCUCAGGAGGACGUGCUGGAGGCCCAAGUCCAUCAGCUCGAGGAGGCCCUCUGUAGUGGGGGGGUCUGAAGUAGAUGCCACUCCAGAGUUCCCAACAGAGGACGUUGGGGAGGCUGAAGACAUCCCACACCCCUGCGUUCAGCCCAUUGUGCAGCAAAAGAGGGUUUUGGCACUAGUUGACACUGAUGCAGACUGCAGCCUUAUUUACGGGAACCCAGAACUGUUCCCCGGACCAACAAUCUGCAUUGACGGCUAUGCAGGGAAAGACUUUGAAGGUAAUGAUGAGGCAGAUGCCUUAGCACGGGUCCGGUGGUUAGAACGGGCCCCCGCCACUGAUGUGGCCCAUUGGCUGCAUAGGAAGUUAUAA